UAUUGACACUUCGAUGUAUCUUUCAGUAAUAAUAAUAUAACUUCUCGGCAAGCUAAACAUAUAUGAACGGCUAAAGUUUAUUUCAUUUACCUACCAUGUGACUACGUGUCAGCUUAAUGACUGCUUCUGUAGGCUUAACAGCUACUUAACAUUAAUAAAAACGUUAUAAACUUUUUGGGUGUUAUCUCAGAUUGCGUCACGCGUGUUAACCAUCUGACUUUACUUUACUGAUUAGAUUUCAUGUGUACUAACAAACAGAAGUCAAACACAACACUUGAAGUCACUUAAAGUCAUUGCAUCCGGACGUCACAUUAGCCGUUAGCACUGUGGACAGCGGCCUGUUGAAGCAGAAAUGCCGAAAAAGAAGACCGGUGCUCGGAAGAAGGCUGAGAGCCGUAAGGAGCGAGAGAAACAGAGUCGAGCCAACCGGGAGCAUAUCGAGGUGGCCAAACACCCCUGCAAUUUUAACAUGGAAUGUGACAAAUGUCAAAGAAAACAGAAGAACAGAGCUUUCUGUUACUUCUGUAACUCAGUGCAGAAGCUGCCUGUCUGUGCUCAGUGUGGCAAAACCAAGUGCAUGAAAUCAUCAGAUUGUGUGAUCAAACAUCCUGGGAUCCACAGCACUGGAAUGGCCAUGGUGGGGGCAGUAUGUGACUUCUGUGAAGCUUGGGUGUGCCACAGCAGGAAAUGUCUGAGCACCCAUGCAUGUGCAUGUCCCCUGACUGAUGCAGACUGCAUCGAGUGUGAUCGCAGUGUGUGGGAUCAUGGAGGGCGAAUCUUCCGCUGUUCCUUCUGUCAAAACUUCCUCUGUGAGGAUGAUCAGUUUGAGCACCAGGCCAGCUGCCAAGUCCUUCAGGCAGAAACAUUCAAAUGCGUUUCCUGUAAUAGACUGGGGCAACACUCCUGCCUGCGCUGUAAGGCGUGUUACUGCGAUGACCACGCUAAAAGUAAGGUCUUCAAACAGGAGAAAGGAAAAGCCCCACCCUGCCCCAAAUGUGGUCACGAGACCCAGGAGACCAAAGACCUCAGCAUGUCCACUCGGACGUUGAAAUUCGGCCGCCAGACUGGUGCCGAUGAAUACGACGAUUACAAUGACGGAGCGUCGGGGUACGAUUCAUAUUGGAAGAACUUAGCAUCUGGAGGCGGAGAGCAGCGGGAUGACUAUGGGGAGGAUGAUGACGAUGAUGAGGAUGAAUAUGAGGAGGAUGAUGAGGAGGAAGAGGAAGAGGAUGAUGAAGAGGAGGAGGAGGAGGAGGAAGAUGAUGAGGAAAAGGCUGCUGAUUCCAUGACUGGUCUUAAACUGGAAGGGAGCGCCUAAGCUAAGUCGGAGACCGGAGGAGUGUGUACAGGUGGAGCGGACAGUCCCACAGAUCCAGAUGGUCCUCAGUGGAUGUUCACUUGUUACAGGUUACAAGAAUUGAUAGUGACAAACAGAAGAAGAAUUCAAGAACACCAUACUGUUGCCAAUGAGAUACCCACAUUGUACUCAUACCUUUUCCAAUAGAACUAGAAAAUAAAACAAUGCACUCAAAUAAUAAGAAAGUUUUUGAUACUAAAUAUUUUCGAUACAUUGGAAGAGAUGAUGAGACGAGAUAACUUCUGUUGUUUCAUUCCAGGCUGGAUUGAUGCACUGAGAUGCCCAAAACACCAAAAUUAGCUGUAAACUCCUGUUUUGUGGUGUCACAGUUUUCUUUAGGAAUGUGCACCGUGUACAUUUUGACUCAGACAGGCAAUAGGAGUGUGACGGAGGAGCAGCUGCUGGCUCCUGAAGUAGGUUUUCUUACGGUGAUUUUGCACGUCAGUUUUCUUUCUUUCUCUUUCUACAUUUAAUCAAUCAGUUUUAGUUAGUUCAACUUUGUUUUCAAGGUAUCUUGUUAUUUUUCAGCCAGUUUGGCGGUUGGUGUUUCUAAAUACUACAAGACCUGUGUAAUCCAUAUGUGUAGUAACAGCUGCAGCAUGUAGUUAUGUUGUUGCAGCUGUAAAGAACAAUGGUAGAAGGUUUACAGAUUUAACCAAACUUGACCUACAAGCUGAAAGUGAAUUUACCGAGGCUGCGGUUUGGUCAGUAUUUAAAAAAAUAACUUGUUUGUUUUCACUGUUAGUGAAAGUGACAGAGCUUUAAGGUCAGUGAUCUUACAGAAAUGCACCAUGGGAGUCGGAGUUAACUUCUCUACUUGUGUUUUAUUUGUCAAUCAGUGAUAUUUUCUUAUGCAGUCAGUCACGUUUUGUGCUGAUGAUGCAGCUGGAAAAGUUUCAUGAUCAUCCGAGCAUCGGAUGUGUCAGCCAUCUGACACCGUGUGCAGAAAAUGGAUGGGACUAUUACUGCUAGAGCCCUGAAUGUGUGAAGCCAACUGUCUCUCAUUGCAACUCAAGAAUGCAUCAUAACGAUCCUUGAGGGGUCGUGAUUUGAGUAUCUAUUAUAGUUCAGUGGUGUAUAUUCCCAGAUAAAUUAGCAGUUAAUGAAAUCACUGCAAACAAACUUUUCCGUGAUGAAUAUGGGGCCUUCUGCUGCUCCCGGGUCAGCGUGAAAUCAAAAGUCAUUGUCCCAUCUUUAUAAUAGUAACUGUUAAAGUGCAGCUCAUUGCGCAAAUUCACUGGGUUUACCCUGCUUCAGUGCAGCACAAAUGCCCAAGCAGCAUGACCUGAUUUGUAAUCAGCAGCAUUUGUUGAGACAUGUUUUGUGUUAAGUGCCAAUAAAUACUUAAAUCCUA